AUGGAGGUCAAGCUGGCUGAUUUCGAAAACGUCUUCGAAGCUCCAGAUGACUUCCCUAUCCAGCCGUUUGCGGUGCGUUGCCCGGAAGUUUGGCUUGAGCUGCCAUGGGUUCCAUCUGCAGAUAUCUGGAACCUAGGGCUUUUGUCCCUAAGGAUGCGGUUUCGGGCUUUACUACUUGAUCUAAAAAUGCCUGAUCUGGACGAAUAUCGGCGGAAAAUAAUGUCCGUGACAAAGAUGAAGCGUCUGUUUGGUCUCGAUGAACCAUGGCCUAGCACCUUCCUCGGUUCAAGAUACAUCCGGCAAAUCGUUGGGCAGCUGAGCAGCUAUUGGGACACCGUUGGGUGA